AUGGAGACUACCAAGCCGGAAACGGACGGAGUGCACAAAGUGCAGUCUCAGUCUGUACCGGAGUCGGACGAUGACGUGUCGGACGAAUCGCCUGAAGCCGAUGAGACCGAAGCGUUUGAGGAGCACAUCGCAGAGAUCGUCUCAAGGAUGGCGCCAGAGCGACCAGACAUCAUUCAAUGCGUGUUGGCGUCGCAAGCUCUUGCGUGCUUUGGGCGAGCCUUACGGUCUUCAGGCAGUACGAAGGGCCGCCAAGGUGUCCCAACCGAUCACAUCCAGGAGUUCUGGAGCCACAGCUGGCAUGGCAACACAUGGCACAAGGUCCUGACUGCUAUCUAUUUGUGCAAUGGUAUGUCGGCAGCAGCGGUUGCAUCACUGGGGGCUCUACUUCUGUGGGUACUCGUCGCAUGGAGCCAUCUGCCAACGGAAACUCUUUGGUGGAGAGAGCACCCCGCAGCUUCCUUCUGGUGCACCGGAGCGAGCAUUGCUCUGUAUUGCUGGGCACUCUUCUUCUUGCAGCCGCGUCGGCGGGUGUUUUUGGAUGUUUUGUGCAUAGAUCAGCAGGACAAUUCCUUGAAGGCGGCAGGCCUGGUCAGCAUGGGGGCCUUCCUCAAGUGUUCAGAUUCGAUGCUUGUGCUUUGGGACCCCUCAUAUACUCAUCGCCUAUGGUGCGUCUUCGAGCUGGCCGCAUACCUGCACAGCCGCCCCGCAGACAAAGUGAAACUCAUCAUCCGACCGACAAUUCUGGGCCCUGUUUUCAUCUCUUUGCCAGUGGCUCUGUUUUUCUUUAUCGUGGUGAUCAGCGUGAUCCCUACUGGUCAGCAUUCCAUCAUGUGGCCCCUCAUGGGCCUGGCCAGCUACGUUGGCUUCUACAAGAGCUGUUCGAUGUUGCGUGAGUACUGGCGGUCGGUGGAGCUUUUGGAGAAGCAGGUGGCAGGCUUCACCGCGAAGGAGAGCCUCUGCUGGUGCUGCUCAACGGAUCACAAGGACGAAUCCGGCGGGACUAUGGUUUGUGAUAGGCAAAUCGUGUUCCGAUGCAUUAUCACAUGGUUCGGCAGCCUCGAGAACUUCGAGACCAGGGUACGUACAGAUGUGUUAGAAUGCUUAGUGGACCAGCUGUCCAAGCAGAUCUUCACCUACAAGCAAUGUGCCGUUGCUGGUCUGCCAUGGUUCUGGUCUUCAUUUGACCCAUCAGCCGUGGAAGCCGCGUUAAGGAUCCCCGACUACGACCUCCUUUUCAAACCCUUCGAUCUCAGUGGAACAAUGAGACCCAUUGUUCGAGGCUUCGGCUGGGCUGCUGGAUUUCUGCCAGUGCUGUUCUUCCUUACAAGCAGGCUUGCAUUCCUCCUAAGACGCAAGCGUGAGAGCAUGUGUGCUGAAGUCUUGGUCAACUCUUUCAUCCUCAUCGCGAUGAUUGCCGUUUUCUUUGUCCUCCUGGUGCUUGAGCAAGUGCUCUGGACUUUCGAGGGCUCAUUUGGAGCAUUCAACCUGGCCUACCACAGACUUCCAGGCACGGGAAUUUUCGUCGGCAUCUUGCUCUCCACCGCUGCCCUUCUGUUCUCCUGCAUUGGCCCUCGGUGCUGUGGUAGACGGAGUUUUAUUCCUGCUUCUGAGCAGCACACGAUGGGUCUUGAACCUGACAGGUGUGUACCGGACAGGGGUGUUUAG